AUGUCAGCAAAAAGCUCUCCGGCGACGGCAGCAUAUUCGCGAUCCAUGACAAGGCCGCCACGGGUCCUUGCGUGCAUGUUGUGUCAGCAGCGCAAGGUUAGAUGUGAUCGCGUAUUUCCCUGCGCCAAUUGUAUCAGGGCCGAUGUGCAGUGUGUUCCUUGCACAGGUCCGCGCCAACGGCGCCGCAGGUUUCCUGAGCGCGAGCUGUUGGAACGCCUCCGACGCUACGAGUCACUGCUCCGCGAAAACAAUAUCAAAUUCGAGCCGCUGCAUGCAUCGGCUGCAGAGAAAACGCAUCAAAGUGAAGACGGCGAAGUGUCUACUACCAUAAAUGAUACACAUCCGGCAAGAUCGGCUGCGCCUGUGCGUCAACAGCCAACGGAGAAGGCAGCCGCCAGGGUCGAAACGUCACACGAGGCCAAGGAUUUCUGGCAUCUCGCGAAUCAAAUGUCCGUAGGCCCUGAAGAUUCGGGGGACAACGACCAGAGGGACAUCGAUAGCAACGAUAGUAGUCCCCCACAAGACGACGUUCCUGAGACUAUAGUCAAGAAAGCGUGGGAUCAGGUGUACCAAACUAACGAUCUAAACCUUCUGUUUGCGUCAUGUAAGGCGGAUGUCGAUCUAUCAUCCUUGCACCCGGAACAGGUCCAGAUAUUUAAGCUUUGGCAGGUUUACCUAGACAACGUGAACCCCCUGCUGAAAAUCACGCACACUCCAACCCUCCAACCUCGCAUCAUCGAUGCUGCUGGCAAUGUAGCUACGAUCAGACCUACAUUGGAGGCGCUUAUGUUCAGUAUUUAUUGUGUUUCGAUACUAAGCCUUAGCGAGGAUGAAUGUCGCGCCAAACUUAGGGCGCCAAGAGAGGAUCUUCUGAAGAGCUACCAGUUCGGAUGUCAACAAGCUCUACUGAAAUGUGGGGUUUUACGUUCCGGUAGCCGGGAAUGCUUGACCGCAUUGUAUCUCUACCUAAUUUCGGUGAGACCCUAUACAGACCCACGUUCCGUAUCCUCAAUUCUCGGCCUUGCUAUCCGCAUCGCGCAACGCAUGGGAAUCGACAAGGAAGCAACCUAUUCUGGCUGCCCUGCUCUCGAGGGUGAGAUGCGCCGAAGGCUAUGGUGGUCACUAAUCAUUUUCGACAAUCGUAUUUGCGAGAUGGUCGAUUACAAGAAUACUAUGCUCACACCUAUCUGGGACUGCAGAGUUCCUCUCAACGUGAAUGACUUUGAUAUUCAACCGGAGAUGAAGGUUCUACCGACGAGCCACGAUAGGCCCACAGAGGCAAUGUUCGCCGUCGUGCGCAGUGAGAUAGGCGAGUUCAUCCGCCACAGCCCCUUCCAUCUCGACUUUGCGAACCCGUCUCUAAAGACUAUUGCAAAGGAUAUCCCGCACAGCCCAAUUACAGAUUGCGACAGGCUAAAAUCCUUUGAGAAUGUUAUAGAGGGUAAAUACCUCAGGUAUUGCAAUCCAGAAAAUCCACUUCAUUUCAUGACCAUUUGGAUGGCGCGAGGUCAGCUUGCCAAAAAUCGUCUUCUAGAUCAUUAUUCGAAAUGCUCGUCAUUGCAGCAGACGGACGCCCAGCGUGAUACCGCUAUUUCAUAUGCGUUAACUAUACUUGAGUGCGACACAAAAUUGAUGACUUCGCCCUUAACGAAAAGAUAUUUAUGGCUCACUCAAAACCACUUCCCAUUUCCCGCUUACAUUCACAUCCUUAAAGACUUGAAGAAUCGACCUAUCGUGGAGUGCGUUGACAGGAUUUGGGCGACAAUGAGCGACAACUAUGUAACUCGCUGUAAAGAUGUGCAAAAGACCGGUCCGUUAUUUGACUUCUUCUCUAUGCUUGUCCUCCAGGCCUGGAAGGCACGUGAAGCAGUACUUGAGCAAUCACACAAACCCCUCCAGUUACCGUUGAUUGUAUCAAAUAUAAAACAGAAGAUGGACCAGAUGAUUGUAAAUGCAGAAGGAAGUGAUGCAAAGCAACCUAAAUAUGCUUUCAACAUGGACAUUGACACUUUGACGACGACUAUGUCUAUGGGGCUUGGUAGCUAUGGGUUGCUGUACGGUAUGGAAGCGCCAGGUUUCCCCAGUCCAGGACUCAUUGAUUACUCUGAUAUGACUGGACAGGGUAUAAUUAAUGGUGAAGGGGAUCAGCCCGACUGGGCCACAACAGAAUGGUAUCCGAUGCAUGACCAAAACUGGUGA